AUGGUCUCUCCUUCCGCCUCCAAGUAUAGUGCUGAGCGCGCUGCAGCCGUGACCUCUGUCGCAUUAGCAUCCGCACUCGCUCGCCGUCUACAGCAUGCCCUUUCCGGCUCCAAAGCUGUUGCAAAAGCUGACGCUUCUCCGGUAACUGUUGCCGACUUCGCUGUGCAGGCAGUCAUCGUGUCUCAUCUCCAUUCACGCUUUCCAAAUGACCGUUUUAUCGCUGAAGAGUCUACACCAGCUUUGCGGAAAGACCCUGCUUUGCUACGAGCCGUGUGUGACGCCGCUGACAUGGAUGAAUCGCACCUUCUAAAGAUCAUUGACCUUUGCGACCACGAGGGUGGCGAUGGCGCCAGGACCUGGAUUCUUGACCCCAUCGACGGAACAAAGGGUUUCAUUGCUAUGCGACAAUAUUGCAUUGCUCUUGGUUUAAUUGACGGUGGCGUCGCGAGGGUCGGCGUUCUCGGAUGUCCCAAUUUACCGCUCACAGGAAUGGAGGCUCCCGACACAGGCUCAGAUAUCGGGUGUAUAUUCCAUGCAGAACAAGGUGAGGGGACGUGGAUGCUUGCGGAAGGAGACGUUGAUACAUCCACAAAAUCGACAACUGCAACAGUUGGAGGAAAGCGGUGUGUGGUUAGCAAGGUUGCCGAGCCUUCAUGGACAGAAUUUUGUGAGUCAGUGGAGAGAGGUCACUCUUCGCACGAGCUUUCGGCAAGAGUUGCCGAGAUUUUGAAGGUUACCGCCCCUCCCGUGCGCAUGGACUCUCAGGCGAAGUAUGGAUGCAUGGCCCGCGGUGACGUAAGCAUCUUUUUGAGAUUCCCCCGUGACGGAUACGUAGAGAACGUCUGGGACAGCGCUCCAGCCGCCAUUAUCGUCGAGGAGGCUGGCGGACGUGUGACCGACGGAAGAGGGCGCCCUCUCAACUUCAACCUGGGGCGCAAGUUGGACAAUGAUGAUGGUAUCGUCGCUACCAAUGGCUAUAUGCAUGAUGCUAUCAUCGCGGCAGUGCAGAUGGCUGUAAAGGAACAAGUUCACGUCUGAGCGGUGUCAGAUUUGUGUGGAGUAUCUUCUGGUUCUAGGGUUUGCUCCACGGGAAAAGUCGGUAUACUGUGAGAUGUUGUCAUUGCUGAGGACAGCUCCGUUAUCUUUGCGCUUUCUUUCCGCCAAUUGUCUUUCCUUGCAGGACUAUUUUGUUGUGUACAGCGUACAAUACUACGAUAAAUGAGACUAACCGCGCCUAUUCUUUGUCCUUCGACU